AUUUAAAUUAUUAUAUUGACAAUUUUGUCCUUCACGUCCAAAGUUUUAAAUAAAAGAGAUCAAAGGGGACAACAAGAAGUCAAGAACUCAAGUCCAAAACUAACACUCUUCUCAAUGGAUACUUCCCCAAGGACCCGAAUUGUACCUAGACGAUCCAACUCGAUCAAAUUCUCAUCGGCGGUUAACAUUUCUAACCGGCGAUCACUCUCUUCCUCCUCCUCCAAUUCUCUCCUAUUCUCCAGCAACUCUCCGGUAACCCCUCUCCAUCCCCUUGGCGUCCCAUUUUCAUGGGAAAAGCUUCCCGGUAAACCUAAAGAGUUCCCAUAUCACCGGAAAAACGAAUCAUCAAGCAACCUCUUGCCUCUCCCUCCUCACCGGAGUAACCAUAACCCCAACACCAGACGUAAGAAGAACACGUCCCCUGCGCCCAUGAGAGAUCCCUUCACGGCGGCGUUGGUAGAGUGUUCCAAAGGCACCACCGUAGACAGAGAACAUACCGGCGGCGAAUCAAGGAAGGUCUUGAGGAAGAGCAGCAUGGGGUUACUGAAUCUGUACGCUUCUUGUAGAAGAGCUUGUGCAGUUUCUGAAUCCAUUGUUUAUCUCCCGAAGUCCAUUGACCGAGUUGCUUCAUACGAUCAUCUUCUUCUCAGCACUCGUCGUCGUAGCCGAUGAUUUUAUCACAUUCGUCGAUCGUUACUAAAAUAUAUAAGAUUUUGAAUAAAAUAUGAUAAUUAUA